UUUCUCUUCUCAAUUGUAGCCGCUGCGACUGCACUACCAGCUCGAACAAAUCUCUAUCUGUGAAUAACAAUCGAAGAUGAGUCGAGGAAGCGCAGGUGGUGGUGCGAAGGGGAAGAAGAAGGGGGCGUCGUUCACGAUCGACUGUGCGAAGCCAGUGGAGGACAAGAUCAUGGACAUUGCUUCACUGGAGAAGUUCCUCCAGGAGAGGAUCAAGGUCGGCGGCAAAGCUGGAGCUCUCGGAGAUUCCGUCACCGUCAGCAGAGAGAAGAACAAGAUCACCGUCACUUCUGACAGCAACUUCUCCAAAAGGUACUUGAAGUACUUGACCAAGAAAUACCUUAAGAAACACAACGUGAGGGAUUGGCUUCGGGUGAUUGCUUCCAACAAAGACCGAAAUAUUUAUGAACUGAGGUACUUCAACAUUGCCGAGAACGAGGGCGAAGAGGAAGAUUGAUGAGGCCAGCGUCUUUAUCCAAGAAACUCUCUUAUUGUGUGGUCUGUUGUAGUUCAGUUUUUGUUAGGGUUUCCUUUGGCAUUGUUCUUAUCUUACAAUUUUGCUUACUCUUUUGCAGUCAUUUGAUUGGGAAAUUAUGACUUUGUUUGAGAGAUUUUAUUUUAUUUUAUUUUGGAUAAAUUUGAUAUUUUAAUACCAUUAAAAAAACCAUUUGAGAAUUUGUGCUUA